AUGACUGAAGAUCGCAUCAGGAGUGUCAGUGCACCAGUGCUAGGAGAAACAGAGAAUGUGGAUGGCACAGUAGUGUCGGAUGACUUUUCACCUCUUUCUUCGGGAACGGAUUCAGGUCCACAAUCUCCAUUGUCUCCAGAAAACAGAAAGAGUCCAAAAGGGAUCAAGAAAAUCUGGGGAAAAAUAAGAAGAACUCAGUCAGGUAACUUCCCUGCAGACGAUCUGGGUUUGGCAGAGUUUCGAAGAGGUGGUCUCCGUGCAACAGCUGGACCUCGGUUAUCCAGAUCAAAGGAAACCAAAGGCCAGAAGAGUGACUACAAUGCUCCGUUUGCUCAGUGGAGCACUGAAAGAGUUUGUAACUGGCUUGAGGACUUUGGUCUCGGUCAGUACGUCAUUUUUGCACGGCAGUGGGUGACUUCAGGCCAUACACUGUUAACUGCGACGCCUCAGGACAUGGAAAAGGAAAUGGGCAUAAAGCAUCCACUGCACAGGAAGAAAUUAGUUUUGGCCAUUAAAUCAAUAAAUGCAAAACAAGAGGAGAAGUCUGCGCAACUUGAUCAUAUCUGGGUGACACGAUGGCUUGAUGAUAUUGGUUUACCUCAGUAUAAAGACCAGUUUCAUGAAUCCAGAGUUGAUGGGAGAAUGUUGCAGUACUUAACUGUGAAUGACCUUCUUUUUCUGAAAGUCACCAGUCAGCUGCACCAUCUGAGUAUUAAAUGUGCCAUUCAUGUGCUGCAUGUCAACAGUUUUAACCCCCACUGUCUACGCAGGAGACCAGUUGAGGAGAAUAACGUUUCACCUUCUGAAGUAGUGCAGUGGUCCAAUCACAGAGUGAUGGAAUGGCUCAGAUCAGUCGAUCUGGCAGAAUAUGCACCAAACCUUCGAGGAAGUGGAGUGCACGGUGGCCUGAUUAUUCUCGAGCCUCGCUUCAAUGGUGACACACUGGCAAUGCUGCUGAAUAUUCCACCUCAAAAGACCCUACUGCGACGCCACCUAACGACCAAUUUUAAUGUAUUAAUUGGACCAGAGGCACAACAAGAGAAAAGAGAAAUAACGGAGACAACGACAUACACACCUCUGACCACCACUGCCAAAGUUCGGCCAAAGAAACUUGGAUUUUCACAUUUUGGAAACUUAAGAAAAAAGAAAUUUGAUGAAUCAACAGACUACAUCUGUCCUAUGGAAACAAACCCAGCUGCUACGAAUGGUACUCUGAAAAACUACAGUGGAUACAAAGGACUUAGUCCAUUCACUGAUAGAGAACUGGAUCAGAUGGAACAUUCAGAAGGAACAGUAAUGCAAAUAGGGGCUCUUUCUCAAGGCAUAAGCCAUCUUACGACAAUGUUAAGCCAAGAUGAAAUGCUGAAUGACAGCAGAUUUUUAACACCUACCUUUGAAGACUAG